AUGAGCUACGCCAUCCUCCCCGCGUUGAUCCCCGACAUCGAGAAGGUGUACGAUGCCUACUUCUCGGCCUUCAAGGGCGACCUGAUGGGUGACAUUAUGGUCAAGCUUCUGUUCCCCGGCGGCGUCGAGGGCGAGGAGUUCCGCAAGGCCCACUCUGCUGGCACCCUGGCGUGGUGGCACCAGAGCAAGGUGCAGUACACAUACAAGUGCGUCGACACGGAGACUGGUGAGAUUGUCGGCAUGGCACUUGGCGACAUCUACCUGAACGAGAGGACCGAGGAAGAGAGGGCCUUCCAGGGCGUGGGCUGGCUUGAGGGCGAGCAGCGUGAGAAGGCCGAGGCCGUGCUGAAGCCUCUGCACGAUGCGCGUGAGAAGCUGUUUGGUGGACGCAAGUAUGUCUAUGUCCAUGUGAUUGCGAUCGACCCCAAGUUCCAGGGCCGCAAGGCGGGCGCGCUGUGGUGCCAGUGGGGCAUGCAGCUGAGCGACAGCCUCGGCCUGCCUCUGUACUUCGAGGCCUCGCCCUCGACCUACAAGCUGUACGAGAAGAUGGGCUACGAGACGCUCGAGGACAAGAUUGUGCACAAGGCGGCCGUCUUUGGCACGCCCAACGACAUUGAGGUGCCCCUCAUGGUCAAGAUGCCCCUGGCGGCGGCAGGCCUCACCUUCAAGGAGUGGCGCGCAGCGGACUACCCUUCUUUCAGCGACGUGCGGAAGGCCAAGGCGGCGGCGGCGGCGGCUGCUCUUGUUGCCCCUGUCGUCGUUGCUGCUGCGGCUGCAGACAAGACCGAGGUCAAGGUGACCGAGGUGGCGGUCGAGGUGAAGGAGGUCGUCGCUUAG